AUGGGUGAAGAUAUCAAAGAAAAGUUGCUGAAACUUGUCAAUGACCCUGUUCCAACAUCAGGGAGCAAGGUCACCAUUGUUGGGGUUGGACAAGUGGGAAUGGCUUGUGCAUUUUCCAUCUUGACACAGGGUUAUCAUGGCAUUGAACAGGAUGUUUUCCUGUCUUUACCCUGUGUCCUGGGAGAGAAUGGAGUAAAUUCUGUAGUUCUUCAAAAUUUGAGCAAGCAGGAAAGAAUUCAGCUGCAAAGAUCUGCUAGCACUCUUGGCUCUGUUCAAGAAGGAGUUGCCUGGUGAUGCAAGAAACAAUCUCAAGUAUUCUCCAGAGCCAGACACAGUACUUGAAAUUUUGAAUGUUGUGAAAAGCAAAAAUGUGCUGCUGAAGAGCUUCAUCUAAAACUGUUAUCUGACUUAUGUUCCUUCCCCAAACAUGUUUUUUUGCUUCCUAGUUGUACUCAUAAAAUGUCAAAUGGCUCUCACUGACACUUUGAAAGCAGUAUUUGAAGGCUGAAAAGAAGAACUCACAUGAACCAGGCAAUACAGUGAGACCCCCAGAUGGGGACAUAAUUGGUGCAUCAUGAGUGUCCCAAUGUCAGAUUGUCCCCAAGUUGAAUCUUGUUUUCCCGUAGACUUACAUUGUAUAAUUUUUAAUUGGUGUUUGAUGGAAGAAAUAUUCUUCAGAAUUUCAUGAAAAAAAUCUAGCCACUUGAAUUUGAUUCAAUGAAUAUCUUUUCAAACCAAUAAGAACAUUUGGAACAUUGAAUAGUGUACCUCUGUACAGUAAAUUGAAAAGUUGGCAUCUGGAAAAAUAACAUCCAUGCCACAAAGAGAGCUAGAAGGAAGUUCCUCUGCACUAUAAGGCAUUUUUUAAAUUAGCUGAAUGGAUGGAAAAAUAAAUGGGAAAAGUACAAAAGAAUUUUUCUUGCAAAGAUCUUAGGUUGGAAACAUCUGUUUCUUGCAAAUAAGCCUUAUAAAAAUUGAUUUUCCAGAAAUUAUUUUGGAAUUUUCUCCUGCAAUGUUCCCAGGUUGAGUCAGUGUCCUCAUGUUGGGUCUUUUUUAUGAUUAUUAUGCUAAAAAUUAAGUGUCCCCAUGUUGAAUCAUCCCCAUGUUGAGGCGUCCGCAUGUGGGGGUCUCACUGUACUUUGACAGUGUCAUAUGUCAAAUGUAGCAGAGCUGUGUUGUGUAG